AUGCUUAAUAUUAUGCUUUCUAGUUUACAUUCAUCAAGCGAAUGGAUGGACAUAUAUGGAACUAAUGAACCAUCACAUAUAUAUUCAACAAAUCAAUAUUAUAGCGGAUAUUCAGGGGACUUUUAUGUUCGCAAUGUUGUUUUUGAGAACCUUGGUUCAAGUUGUGCCAUAUAUUUCAGCUCAAGCGACACUAGAUCAUUAGUCUCUUCAUCAACAUUUAUCAACUUAACCAGUUCGCUCAAAGCAAGUUCUAUUUACAUUAUUAAUGGCCAAAGUGCUCUAAUAAAAGUUUGCAGCAUUGGAUCAACAAGUACAUCUGAAAAUGGUGCCAGAUUUGCACGAAUUUUUGCUACAAACUCAGCUUCAAGCAUUAAUUUUAAUUCACAAUUGUCUGUCACUCUCAAUAAUCGAGGUUCUCUUGUUGGAUAA